UCCUACUAGGUACAUACAGACCCCAUCACAUCCACCUUAUUCAUAGUCCUCGGCGCCUACGCUCCGCCAAAAUUGACACCUCAGUCGUAGGGCCAUCAGGGCUCUCGCACUCCGGAGUACCACGCUCCAGAUAUGCCACCUCUGACAAUCCGGCGACUUCCCCGGUCACUGCAGGUGGGGUAUGAGCCUGCUAUCACGAUUUGCCUCGGGGACGAGGUGCAGCAAAUACCGCAGUCCCAACUCCUGCAACACGUCUGGACCGAUGGGCUCUAUACCGAGUGCCAUGAGUGCGGUCUUGGCUUCAGUUCUGAAGACGACGAUGCGGCCAAGACACUAAUCAGAACAAUUACAUUCGACAACUCGGAGUGCGGCUUGUACGGAACGGGAGCCAUGGACAUGACUCAGGAGCCCCUGACGGUGCACCCCAUCCGGAUCUUCAACAGACACUUCCAAUGUCUCAAGGAUCGAAACGUCCGAUACAUUCCCAUCUCCCACGCCUGGCAUCCGGAGGUCUCCCAGCUCCAAAACGACCACCCCGACACCAUUGAUCUGUCGGUGCAUUUUCAAGCGGUGCGCGCCGUGUACCAAACGCCCGUCAAGACGCUGCAGGCCAUCGCCGAGAGGUUUGGCCCAGCAAUGGAGAUCUGGCACGACUACCUUAGCGUGCCCCAGUGGCUCUAUGGCUUCCAAACCCAGCUUCUUCAGGCCAUCCCCGACAUCUACAGCUGGCCCGGGGAAACAACACCAGAACCGCUCUCCGGGUCAAUGCAGGUCGAGUGUCCUGGCAUGGUGAUGCAUUUGGACGACGUGACUGCUGUCGAUCUCGCUCAUCUGCACAACAGCCGAGACUACCCCCUGUUCCUGGAGGGACUGUCUCGGGUGACGCAAUCCCGCUGGUUCGAGCGAAUGUGGGUUACGCUCGAGUACCUACAGGCCGAGACUGUUUCCAUCCUGACGGGCGAUUGGAAGGUGUUUGACGUGGAAGCCGGCCAGCUUCUUGAACGGACCGACAACGCUGUGUCCAAAUACAUCAAGCAAAAAGGCUCAACCGCCUUCCACGACGACUCCAACGCCAGGGGCUGCCGGUACGCCACAAAGGUGUGCUGGACCGACAUGGAGUCGUGGAAGAAGUGGCCCGACAAAUACCGCACACUCGGGUCUGCUGUCUACAUUCUCGGGCAGAAACAGUGCCGCGACAUGAGAGAUUAUCACUUUGCUCUGGCCGGCAUGAUCGGACUGCGCAUCAACAAGAGACACGACAGGGACGAUGACAGCGAACGGUUCUUCCGGCUGGCCAAGACUGCGCUCGGGAGAGGGGACUACACGCCUCUCCUGUUUACGCCUAUAGUCGGGGAGCAGAGCUAUCCCGCCGCACGCUGGCUGCAUGGGCACUCCAGCAUGACGGAAGAAAUAUGGGAUCUCGGCCCAUGUCACGAAAAGGCCUACUACACAGAAAUACUCAGAUCCAGUCGCGUCCAGCCACAGCUCCAGAUGGUAGGCAUCGUCGAGGAAUGGAGAUGGAUCGAUGUCGACGUGGACCCUAAGGUCUUCUUCCAGUCCGUGGUGGCAUGGAUCGUCAAGGGUAGCGGCGCAUCAGCUUCGGCAUUUUGUGCUGCCAUUGACCGCAUCUUCCCUGAAGAUGGGAACAAGGCCCUGUACACAAGGUGGGAUGGUUAUGUGGACGGCGACCAAACUGCAACAGGACCUGACGAUCGCGCCCAAUACCACUACUCUUUGAUCACACCCUAUCUCGAGCGGUUUAUCGAAAUGCUCGACGGGUCGCCUCUACCGCUGGACCAAAUAGCCGUUCUUGCGGAAGUUCUCAUUGCCGCCACACGACUUGACCGCAAGGGCAAGCACUCGGCCGACUCACGACUCAACAUGGCCUUGGCCGAGGUCGAGGGGAAUAAAAGCAAGAAGAGUCUAGCUGUCGACGGCAUCGCCCAGGUCUGGUGUUCGUACUGCAAACGACGGUCGUUGUUCCGCCUGCUUUGCUGGACACCACCAGAAUCAGGGGUGACCGAAGUCUUCCGUAUCCCAAAUUUGUUAUACGAUGAGACGGUUCCACAGGGUGUUGGUCUGGUUGUGACAAAUGGGGUCAUUAACGGUAAGAUGAGCAAUGGAACUCCAGCUUGCAAUUGUUUGGCGUAUCGGAGGGUCGAUAUUCAUUAAAGUAAUUCAACGGUAUUCAGACAGGGGUGCCAAGGGCUUAACAGUACUUGCUUCACAUCAGGGAUAACGAUAUAGCAGUUCCAUGACCCCUAUUACCUAUGUUGCCAAGUUCCCGCUCAAAGCGGAGCGGAGACUGGAAGCGGCCGGAGACUGCACAUGUGCUCAGAGCUGAUAGGUGUUUCGGGGCAUGUUUACUCUGAUGGGGAAGUAGCGUGGUGAGAGAGGGAAAGGAGUUGUGGGUGAGAGGCCCAGAUGGCCAAGGUAAUACCUACCUAAUUAAGGUACCUAGCUUAUGCUUCCUGGAUAAAGCCGGGUACUCGUGCCAGUUCGAAUGUGCGAC